UUUGUUUGUGAAAUUCGAUGUGCAAAAAAUGUAAAUAAAUAUUAAUUUUAUGGGAGUCAAGGAAGGUUUAGCGUUUUCAUACAUUCCAGAUAAUUUCUAACAAUUCGCACUGACAAGCCUCUUGUUUUUUCAAAUACGUUUAAAUAUCUGGCAACAUUAUGACUUUUUACUUCAAUUUGUUAGGAUUAUUAUCGUCUGCAUGUUAUCCGUAUUCAAUGGUGUUUAAUGUCUGUGAUUUAUUUCCGCUUAUUAAAGUAAUGAAGAUAUCGCAUAUGUUGAAUUACUGCGUUUAUAGACUAUUUUAAAGUGUUAUUCUACCGUAUUGGUUUUGGAGGUCAUAUAACAAGCAAAAUGUCUUUUGAGAAUAAGUGUGCAUCAGUAGAGCAAUAUUUGCGGAAACUUUCAGGACAAGAAAAAGAGAUAUUGUUAGUUGAUCAUAAUUAUGUUAAAGCAUGGAAUGCACAUCCAGAUUCUCAUAGAACGAAACCUGCUCGCAUGCUUUUUAUGAAAGGAUUACAACGAUAUCCAAAUUUUUCAGAAACAAGUAAUUUAGAUGAAGAUAUAGACAUUGAAAGCUUCGAGAACCCCGCUUCAUCUCCCUUUGAAAGUACAAAGAAUAAGAAUUUAUCCAAUGAUUCUGAAAAAAGUUUAAGAAAUAAUCCUUUGUUUGCUAAAAACGAUAAAGAAGAAACGGAAGAGUUAGAUUUAAGUAGCUGUAAUGAGAAACAGAUUAAAGUAUAUAACCGUGUCAUGGAGGUGCUAAAUGCUGAUAGAUUAGCAAAACUGGUAUGUACAGGAUUAUCCAACGAGCCAGUUAAAAAGAGGUUAGCCACUGAGAAUUCUGCAGGAGCACUUAGGCAGAUAUUUGGCGAAAUGCGUUGGGAAAUGAAUUUGUUAUCGUGGCUUCAUAAAACACUCUUAGAUAAGGCUGAUAUUCCAACUCUUUCUAGUUAUGUAGAUGUGUUACAAACAUUAAGGACAAAAGUGCCUAGUCUAGUUGAUAAAUUCCUCCAAUUAAAUUCUGGUUUACCUGCAAGAGAUGCCAUUUCUCAGAUGAUAAAGAAACAAUGGGAUCCUGUACUUCCUCUGCUUAAUCAGCACAAACCAAAAAAAUUGCCUGGCAAUCCUGUUAUUCUUUUGUGCCCAAGUGAGCCUCCCAUCCAACAGCAUAUCAGUGCACAUCUUUCUCCCAGGCUAAAAUUUUGGCAUAAUAAUUUAAGUUCUUUAUGCAAGAUUAUGAAUGUUCCACUUUAUUCCUUUGAUAAGGAAAACAUGACCAUUGAAGACUGUAUCGAUCAGAUUGUAACUUCUGUGAGAAACAAAGUUGCUGAGAUUAAAAAUCAGUAUCCAAAUCGACCUGUUAUAUUAUUGGGUUGGACAGUUGGUGCAUUAAUUGCAUGUCAUGUUGCACUUCUUGAAUCAGUGACUGCUGUUAUUUGUUUGGGAUUUCCAUUAACUGGAGUGAAUGGUUCUCGAGGGGAUUUAGAUGAUCCAUUAUUGGAUAGCAAAGUACCAACUUUAUUUGUAGUGGGUCAGAAUGCAACCAUGUGUUCUACUGAUGAUGUUGAAGAUUUUCGAUCACGCAUGCGGGCAGAAACUGGUCUUGUUGUGGUUGGAGGUUGUGAUGACUACCUAAAUAUGUCUCCAACAAAAAUGAAGUUUGAAGGUACAACACAAGCAAUGGUGGAUCGUUGUAUAUUGGAUGAAAUCAGUGAUUUCUUGUUAUGUGUGUUUGCAAAAUUGUCAAGCCAUUCUGUUACAAAUUCAGUAGUUUCUACAAAGAUUAGUGCAAUAAAAGAUGAAGAACCAGAAUUGGUGCAGGCUGAGGAAGAAGGCAAACGGAGGCGAAGAAAACCAAGAGAAUAUUCCCCAGAGUUAUCUCCUGUUCGGAAACGACAAAGACAUCAAAUUUCAAGACAGAUACCUACUACCAUUCCUAAAGUCAGAUUAUCACCCUCAAGCUCUGAAACAUCCAGCUCUGGAUCUUGCAUUAACUACAAAUCUAAUAUGCCUAAGACAGUUAAAAAGAUAUCUGUCAAAAGAAUUGGAAGACCUGCUACUGGUACAUGGCGUAAGCGUCUCGCUACAGCGAAAAGUCGAAGCAGUCUGAACAACAAAGAAAUUGCUUCAAACAAAAUAUGCAGUAUGGAGACAGAAAGGUCUGAUUCAGUUGUACCUACAAAAAUGCCCUCUUCUGAUACCAAAUCUUCCGUUCCAUUUCCUGUGCAUAUUUUACCAAAGAAAAAUGAUCCUGUUGAUGUUGAAAAGGCAUUUGGUCGAGACAGUAGCUUUCUCCCAAGACCUUUGACACCAACAGAGCCAGAGGAUACUGUAUCGGCAGAAGAGACUGAAAAUGCACUGGCAGAAUUGGAGGCCAGAGAAUCUGAACCUGCGAGUAAAACCCAAUCAGUGCCUAGUUUAGCAGUUGAUCAUUUGAAUCAAAAUGUGGUUCCAAGUGAAAGAAGUUUUCUGCCAAUAUCAGACCCGCUGAAUGAAAAUACUGUUUUAUCUCCAGCAAGGAUUUCCAGUGCAUUUGUUAAGCCAACUACUGCAUCAGUUGUGGAAUCAAAAUGUGUGUCAGUGUCUUCUGCAUCUACUUUGAGAACUACAUUCUCCCCACAAGAUAAAGUACUCUCACCUGCUUCUGUGCAAAAUUUAAAGAGUAUUACUGGUGUUAGUUUAAUUGGGAAUCAGCUAUCUACCAUGACUCCUACUAAAUCAACUAUAAUUACUUUGCCCUCUGCAAAUUCAGCUACAAUUUUGGUUUCUAGUCCAGUUAGUCGAUCACAGCCUACAAAAAUGAUCCAGUUGAUUACUAAAAGUUCUAAACCUCAAACAAUAUCAUCUACAAAUAGCUGUAAUACUACUGGUGAAUCAUCUGAUCAGCAAGUUUGCAAUCUCUCUCUUUUAUCUGAUGUUGCUGGCAUGACUGAACCUCUGAAAGAUACUGGUAGAAAACUAGAAGCGUCUACAUCUUCAGCCACAUUAGUAAAACUUGCAGUUCCAGAUAAGCUUGAACCUCAACCUGUCAAGUGUUUAAAGGUAAUAAAAACAGUGCAAGCUCCAUCUCCUCCAACUCGGAUUGAAACGCCAGAAGAGCUUGUAGAGAAGCAGUUGGCAAUUCAGGCACUUAAUAACAGUAUUAAUAUUGAAUCAUCAUCUCCAACUGUGAAAGAAUCUGGUUACUCUAUCUGCUAUGCUAAAGCUGAUGGCUCUAUUGUUUCACAUGCAGUUACCAGACCAGGCUAUCCAUCAUAUCUCUCAAGGCCUUCUCUUAUACCAGCUCAGAGUCGUGGAAGAGGUAGAGCUCGUCCUGCAUUUCCAAGCAGACUUUUCAGAUUUUAUGAUAAAUAGAUUAGUGAUUCUUCAGAAAGAACGUGACUAGUUGUUUGAAAAUAAAUUAUGAAAGAAGGACUUCUCUGUGUCGCCAGGUAUUUGGAAUUUACCUAUCAAAAGCGUGCCUUAAAAAGGCUUGGUUACAACCUGUAGAAAGUUGCCAGUUAAAAGAAGAGUUUGCUGAAACAUCAUUUGAAUGUUUUUGGAAUAGGAGGCAACAGUUCAAUUUCACUUUUUAGUUGGUAACAUAAUCUGUUCAAACGGAUAAAUGAAUGCUUGAAUAAAAGAACUUCAAAGUUCA